AAAAUUCGCAAAAAAUAAAAAAGAAGAUAUAAUCAACGCACAAUUUAAUGAUAAUAUUAUUGUUUUUCUGUGUAAAUUAUACGCUCAUCAACUUCUGAGUUCCAUGAGUUGGAAAAUAUCCAUAAAAUUUGUGAUAUGAAUAUAAGACACGGUUUUAUAUACUUUUGAUAAUCGACUCGCAUUUAUUAUUGCAACAAAUUUAUAAUAAUGUUGCAUACAGAGGAUAUAGACGAUGACUAUUUUACACCAGCAUCCAGCACUUCAUUAGCAAAUAUUUUUGGUAAAUCUCGGAAUGAAGAUAUAACUGAAAAUGAAUCAUUGAAAUAUACACCUCCAAAACCAACAAAUCUUAUACCAAAACCAGAAGAACAAAAACCAACACAAUGCAUUUUUGCCUGUGCAUUAGUUGGUUAUGAAUGGUCAAACAAAGAUUAUAUCAAUAGAGGAAAAUUGGGAUUUGCAAUUCUGAACAUUGUAAAAACUGGUGUGCAUAACAUAAUUUUAUAUGACUCUAAUAAAGUUACUUUAUCAAGUGCAACCAUUUCAGCUAAAUUUGAGGUAACAAUCAAAGAGAAAACAUAUUUUUCUUAUUUAGAUAACCUACAUAAGUAUUGGAGCUUAUAUGCCUCUGAAGAUGAACUAACUAAAAUAUUGAAUUUGUUAAAAAGUUUUGAUGUUAUGAUAAAAUCUUCAAGUGAAACUGAUAAAGGCCCUGCUGAGUUGACAUCAGUGGAAACCUCUACUGUAAUUAAUGAACAGGCUGAUAAUAAAGAAACGGGAAAUGAUACUGAUUCUUCUGUAAAUAGAAGAACUAAACUGUCCUUAUUAAAUAGAAUGGCAAGCAUGGGUCAAUCUGUUUUACCACUUCGUGUGGUAUCUCAUGAGAGAUCCAGUGAUUCUUCUGACACAAAUGAUACUAAUGAUUAUAAGACCAUUAGACAUAGACCUAUUAAGAAUGUGGUUAAAAGAAAUAGUUCAGAUAAGAGUGUUGUAGAAUGUCAAUCUUUAAUAGAAACACAGAAAUUAUUACCUAGAAAAGAACAUUCUCCAGAAAGUAUGCCAUUAUUUACAUAUCUUAAUGGUCAAGUAGUGCCUGUAACUAAUACUAAUAUAAUAACAAGCCCAAGUUCAAGCAGUAGCAAUGAAAUGAAUUAUUUUAUUACUGAACAAAGAAUGAACAAUAGUGAAUUAAGAAUUAAUAUAAAUAGAGUUUCGGACAAAUUAGAUCAAAUGUUAAGCAAAGUAGUAAACAUAGAAAGUGGCGAUAAAAGAACUAAUCAAAGUCAAUUCCAAAUGGAAGUGUUACAAAAGUUACUUGCAGAGUAUGAGAAUAAGAUUAAAGUUUAUGAAGAGUUCAUAAACAGUAACAAAGGUGCUGACAAAAGUAUAAAUGUUACUAAAUUAUCUAGAAAUUCAUUAUUGCAACAAACUGAACCAUCAAAUGAAAUUAAGUUAUUAAAAAAUAAAAUAGACCAGUUACAACUAGUUUGUCUUGAAAAGGAUGAAAAGAUUAUUAGAUUGGAAAGUGAUAUUAAACACAUUCAAACAAAAUAUAAUGAGACUGCUACUAGCAAUCAAAAUCUUAUUGAUAAAUUGUAUAAGGAAAUAGAACACUUAAAGACAGAAAUGGUAGGAAAAGAUGAAGAAUAUUCCAAUCUGAUGAAAAAGUAUAAAUCACAAUCGACUAAACCUGUAGAUGAAAAUGAUAUAGAAAACAAAAUCAAAAAUAUAAUGAAUAACACUUUUCAGGCCAUAUCUGCAAACUUUGAUAAUAAUGAAAGUUACUCUGGUGAAAGAGUGAAAACAGUUACAGGUACAGUUAUUAAAAGGGUUACCAUAGAAUCAUUAAAUAAUAUUUAACAUAGAAAAUUGUAUAAAAACUUGGUAUUUUUUUAAUGCUACCAUACCAAUACUAUUGUUUUGUUUUGGAUGAGUUAUUAUUUUUUUUAUUUUUAUAUAUGUUUUAUAGUGUCUUUUGUUUCUAGAUAAUGUUUUUCACAUUGUAAUUAUUUUUAAUCAUUAUG